AUGACCGCGACAUUUGAUACCACUCCACUAUCACACACAUCUCCCCCACCAGCCUCGCUGAAGAGAAAACGAGCAGAUUCAGAUACACAGCCACUUACCCCGCCGCUAGCCGCAAACGAUCCAGAAGGAUCGCGUCUUCUUUCGCGCGCUGUCAACGUGCUCUCGACCGCUGCUACCGCCCUGUCGCAAGUAACCUUCUUGUACGAGUCAGACCAUGUGGCGCGCGAUGGUCUUCUACGCGCUGUCGAGGUUUUAACAAAGGUUAACCAGACCGGCGGCAAGCUCAUAAUAUGCGGAGUUGGAAAGAGUGGCUUAGUGGGGCGCAAGAUGGUUGCGACCAUGAAGAGCCUGGGUAUAGCGAGCUCCUUUAUGCAUGCUGCUGAGGCACUGCAUGGGGAUCUCGGUGACAUCAGGAAGAAUGAUGCAAUCAUGUUCAUAUCCUACUCUGGCAAGACAGCGGAGCUCAUGGCCCUCCUCGAGCACAUACCUUCCCACACGCCUAUCCUCGCCAUCACAUCACAUACGAAACCCUCAGAAUGUCCUCUCCUCGACGAUCGACCGAAUUCCAUACUGCUGCCCGCGCCCAUACACGAGCUAGAGGAGGUCUCCUUUGGCGUCUGCGCGCCAACAACGAGUACGACUGUCACAAUUGCAGUGGGCGAUAUGCUGGCAUUGACUGUUGCAGAGGCACUGCAUCAAGACGAGACAAAGACUGUGUUUAGGACGAACCACCCUGGCGGUGCGAUUGGAGCAAAGUCACGAAGGAUAGAAAGGCAGGAGGAAGAUACCCCGGCGGAGGAAUGCGAUGGGCUGGUCACGCCGCCAGCAACCUGA